CGGGUACUACUAUGGAUUGCUUGGCUACCUAUCCCAAUCGUCUUUGCAUUGCAAUCAACCUGCAUGAAUACCAAGACUUUUAAUUCAUAUACUAUAAUCCUCUUUCAGCUCCUUCAUCCUCUUGAAUAUAUUAUUCGAUAGUCUUUAGAGCAGUAGGGUUAUAAAUAUUAGCGUGCAGAUACGAAGUACAAAGAGUCAUGAUAACGAGAGCCCGAUAACCAGCAGCCCAUCUACAAAACUUGCCCAAAACACCAUCUCAGGCGCCAUCCGUCUUCAUUGGACCCUCCAAAGCCACCCAUAGAAAAGUCUUCCUUACCGUGCCAAUCAAUUUGCAUCGCCUGGUAUUCAGCUGACCAUCGCCCUCCAGGGGUCAAACGAGACACCGGUUCCGCAUGCGCUGGCGUAACGCUCAAGGCCCAGACGCUGUGCCACGAUUGCCUACACCGUUUGGGAAGAGCGUCGCUCUUUCGUCGGGUCUCUCGGCGCUCUUUUUUCUUUGCUUUUGUCCUUUUGUCACACCGCUAGAGGAGUGUGAUUGUGUUCCUGUGGUGGCGGCUUUGCGCAUGGGCUUGCAGCGAGGUCGCGUAAGCCAAGCUCUUGUAUACGGACGCCAUACACUGUUCGGUUGAGCCACGACAUGGAGGAGAGCCAGAGAGGGAUUUUAGGGCUGGAUUCCGCCAGAAGGGGAGAGGGAGAGGGAAAGGGAGAGGCAAAUACCAUACUCGGCUUCCGAAACAAAGACGUCAUGGCUACCUCC